CGGGUUUCCCGGAAUACCUGCUCGUAAGUGCGCAGUUCACGUGACCAAAAAAAAAAACUAAGUUGGAAUGUUUACCAUAUCACAUGACCUACGGAAACAAAAGCCGAACGAAAUUUGAGGUGCGAUCCAGUAAUCGCGUACGAUUUGUUGUCAACGGAAGCUGGACAAUCAUCUAUAGAUCUGAUCGUUCGCUUAUCGGUUUGUUUUGCUGUGAUUUUGCGUGUACGGUUUUGCUGUGGAACCGCUACGAAAUGAAAGAAGAAAGGAGAAAUUCUGUGAAAUUCGCAGGUAUCGACGAAACGGAGAGGGACCUGGAAGGCAAUGCCGGAGGCGGGUUCAGUUACGCUUACGAUAACCCUGGCCUUCAGACUUCUUCCACUGAUUUAAGACGAAGAAGCGAUCUGAUUGGCUGCAACAAUUUCUCAGUAAUCGAUGACUCUGCCCAUCACAUCACGUACUCGUCGAAGCUAAAAGCAGUGCUAACGCUAGCGAAGAAAAGAUUCGGCGGAAUUUGGACGAAAAAGACCCUCUACAAACGUUUCCCAAUCCUAAAAUGGUUACCGGCCUACGACGGAGACUGCGCCAUCGGCGAUCUUCUGGCCGGCAUUACCGUCGGCCUGACCGUUAUACCCCAGGCUCUGGCCUACGCCAACAUAGCGGGCCUGCCCGCUGAAUAUGGUCUCUAUGGUUCCUUUCUCGGUUGUAUCGUGUACAUAUUUUUGGGAAGCUGCAAGGAUGUCCCGGUCGGGCCCACCGCAGUGGCGUCGCUACUAACGUUUCAAGCCCUCAACGGCAAAGGAGUCGAACACGCGAUUCUGCUUUGCUUUUUGACCGGUGUGGUUCAGUUGUUAAUGGGAUUUUUCGGUCUCGGUUUCCUUAUCGAUUUCGUCUCCGGACCUGUAUCAUCAGGUUUUACGUCAGCGGCGGCCCUUAUUAUAGUCACCUCCCAGGUAAAAGAUCUCUUAGGGAUAAGCGCGGCCGGAAACACUUUCGUCGACACCUGGAGGAGUAUAUUCAAGGAUAUCCAUAAUAUUAAGAUGUGGGAUACGGUCCUUGGGGUUAUUUGCAUAGUGGUGCUACUACUCUUAAGGCUAGUUGCUCAGAUAAACAUCGGCAGGUCAGAAGAUCCCACGUCCCUCAACAAAAUCAUAAACAAAUCGUUAUGGAUAUUCGGAACCUCUAGAAACGCUAUUUUGGUCGUGGUGUGCGGGGUACUUGGAUACUUCUUUUGCUCCCAAGGAGAUCCUCCAUUCAAAGUGAUCGGAGAUGUCCCUCCUGGAUUGCCUUCUGUAAAACUUCCACCCUUUGGAUAUACCAAAUCCUCAAACGGCACAGAAGUCUCGGUUUCGUUUAUGGAAAUGCUAUCGAAUUUGGGAAGCGGCAUCAUUGUGGUCCCUCUGGUCGGCUUGCUCGAAGACAUUGCCAUCUGCAAAGCUUUUUCGAAUGGUAAACCGAUCGACGCGACGCAAGAACUUUUAGCCGUCGGCCUGUCGAACGUGGUAAAUUCUUUCGUCCAAAGUUUCCCGGGAUCGGGAUCGUUGUCCAGGAGCGCCGUCAACAACGCUAGCGGCGUCCGGACGCCAUUGGGCGGUCUCUACACCGGAGUCUUGGUAAUCGUCGCUUUGCUCUUCUUCACGCCGUAUUUCUAUUUCAUCCCGAAAGCAACGUUGGCCGCCGUCAUCAUAGCGGCCGUUAUUUUCAUGGUAGAAGUUAAGGUCGUCAAGCCGAUGUGGCGAUCGAAAAAGAGCGACUUUUUUCUGGCCAUCGUUACAUUCGUCGCGUGUUUGGUAUUGCCGCUGGAGUUGGGAAUCUUGGUGGGAAUUGGCAUCAAUCUGGUUUAUAUUUUAUACCACGCGGCCAGGCCCAAGAUCAGCGUCGAAAAACUGCUCUCGCGCGAAGGUACCGAAUACCUGCUGCUGACGCCCGACAGGUGCCUGAUUUUCCCGUCGACCGACUACGUCAGGAACUUGGUCACCAAACACUCGAUCCGCCAGGGAAUCCCGGUGGUGAUAGAUUGCUCGCAUAUCUACGGCGCAGAUUACACCGCCGCGACCGUCAUAGAAACUCUGACGCAAGAUUUCGCGGCCAGAGAUCAGCCCCUUCUGUUCUACAAUCUGAAACCGUCCGUCAGUUCGGUAUUCGAAGGUUUAUCACCAAAGGACUUCGUCGUGUUUUACAACCACGAGGACGUGGACGAGCUGCUGAAAAAUCGAUCUUGCAUCAAAAAACAGAUCGAGAUGAACUCGUAGCGGGGACUUGAGUUGUGGUGACGUUCGUUAGUAGAGACCAUCGGGUUGUAUAGCAUUUUAUCUGUGAUAUUCACGGUCGGAGGUUUAUGUUUUAUAUCAUUUGGUCCUUACUAGGUUUAAUUUGUUUCAGUUUUUGUCAGACGAAUAACCGAAAAUUGUUUUGUUGCUAGACGAGUGACGCGAAUUGCAAAAUAUAAAAACGUGAAAUAAUUAAAAUACAUGUUGAUCUAAGAAAAAAUUAAUAUAAUAUUUUGUUAACAGGUUUUAUUAAUUUUCCUUGC